AUGAUCUACUGGGGUAUUCUGUUCGUGUUCCUCCUUUCUGCGAACGCGGCCCUUGCAACGGCCAAGCCCGACGACGAUGUCUCCAACAGCAAGGCCACAAGAAGAGUGUGUACCGUGCAGCCCGGAGGAUCCGAAGCGAUCGACGACGCUCCGGCGAUCAUCCAGGCCUUCGAGCAGUGCGGAUAUGGCGGCACGGUCGUCUUUCUGAACACCACGUACUACGUCAACAGCGUGAUGAAUACGACGGGCCUCGCGGACAGCGAGGUGGAUCUGAGAGGGACAUUGCUGUGGGGAACGAAUAUCACAUACUGGCUCUCCCACUCCCUCCCCGUCGGCUACCAGAAUCAGUCGACGGCCUGGCUCCUCGGCGGCGAUAACAUCCGCGUCGAUGGCCAUGGCUAUGGCACGCUGAAUGGGAACGGCAACGUGUGGUAUAGCUUCGUCCAUGGCCGGUCGAAUUACCCGCGCCGGCCGCAUGCGCUGACGGUCUGGGGCGCGACGAACUCGGUGUUCCAGGGGCUGCGAUUCAUCCGCAGUCAGAUGUGGACCAUGUCCAUUAUUUACUCUCACAACACCGUCUUCGACUCCAUCUACGUGAACAACACCAGCACAGGCGGCAGCCCAUCCUGUAACUCCCACAUCACCUUCCGCAACUGGAUCGUGGACAACGGCGACGACAGCAUCAGCAUCAAGGCCAACUCCACCGACAUCACCAUCACCAACUGCACGUUCUACAACGGCCUGGGCAUCGCGAUCGGCAGCAUCGGCCAGUACAAGGACGUGUUUGAGACCGUCCAGCGGGUGAAGGCCGAGGAUACCCAGUAUCACAACACCUUGCAUGCCGUCUACUUCAAGACGUGGACGGGAGAGCAGGUUGGAUAUCCACCGAAUGGGGGAGGUGGUGGAUUUGGGUUCGCGUCCGACAUGACCUUUGCCGAUCUGCACAUCCAGCACACCCGAGGCCCCCCGAUCUCCAUCUCCCAAUGCACGACCUUCAGCGGCACGGCGGGGAACUGCACGUCGUCCAAGUUCGAGCUCUCCGACCUGUCCUUCCACCACAUCGAGGGGACGUCCUCGACGGCCGUCGUGGCCAGUCUCCAGUGCAGUGCCGUCAAGCCGUGCCGGAACAUCGUCAUCACGGACGCGGACAUCAUCACGCUCAGUUCCAACGGGACCAGCGCGGCGGCGGCGCAGUAUCUCUGUGGCAAUGUCAUCGGGACCAAAGGGUUUAACUGCACCGGUCCCGUGUGUGUUGGGGCGAGUGCGACUGGAGGUUGUUGA